AUUAAACUGCACGAGUUGUGUGAGAGUUUGUAAACGGAUGUUUUGGUGUAGUUUUGCUGUUAAACGUGUUCCCCAUUUACUUUAAUUCAUCAUCAAGACGUGUUUUGAUUCCUCGUUCACCCUGGAGGCAUCAGAGAAAAACAAAGCUUUCUUCACGAAUUCAACAUAACAGAGAGUUCCCCACCCCGGAGCUGAAGAGAAGACCUGCUGCUGGGAAACGGGGUUCCGGUUUUUGCAAAGAGAAAGUUUUGCAUGGAGAAGUAUGAUGACAGAAGUUUUCUGAAGUGAACCAGAUGCCAAGUCGGGGGACUUCUCUAAACACCCAACUCUCCUCUUUUUUGAAUGGACCAACCUGAGUGCCAUGAAGCGCCAUGCUUAUUUUCAGAGGAAUGUUGAUCUUGAUCUUUGCAACCUAAAAGCCAUCUAUGGAAAUGCAAAUAUGAUAAAAGAAUAAUACGGUCUGGACCUGAAUCAAGUCAGGACACCUCCCCUACUUGCAGGAACGGGGAGCUGGGAUGAUUUUCUGGGGAAGAAGCAGGAGUGCUGCCCUCGCUCCUCGCCUGUGAUGAUGAUGGACUUACCCAGCCAGCACUUGCCUGUGGAGGUCAGCUGAAGACGACGCCACGCAGCUAAGUCUGGAUUAGCCGGCCGAACGAGUUUCAAUGCUCCUCCACGUUCUAAGAUGAAGUUAUGGAAAGGUGCUACUUUUGCCUUCAUGCUCUGCGGCGCAACCCUGUCCAUCAUCCUCGUUAGAAACAUGGCCACUAUCGGACAGUUCAAACCCAAGACAAAAUACACAUCUUCAUCCUCAUCAAGAUCGUUUUCAUCAUCACAAUCAACAUCCAAGACCUCACCGCAAUCACCCUCAUCGUCAUCGUCAGCCGAAUUGACGGCGUUGUCCCGGCAGAUGGGUGGUCCUCAUCGGAGAACCCGCUCAGCAGACGAGAUGAACUCUCUCCUCUCAGAGUUUUCCAUGAUGUUCCAGAGCUUCACGGAGGGCGAGCUGCAGCACGUGGUCGGGACGUUGCUCGACAGGAAGAGAAGGAAGAGCCGACGUCUGGGCGAGAACCAGACCCGAAGGACUAAAAGAGCCCGGAGGCCUAAACCCUGCUCUCUGAGGGAGCUGGAGCUGACCGUGAGCGAACUGGGUCUCGGCUACGAGAGCGACGAGACGGUGAUGCUGCGCUACUGCAGCGGCAAGUGCACGGCCCACCGGCACAACUACGACAUCACCAUGGAGCACAUGACGCGAACAGGCUUCAGAAAGAAGGGCCGCAAGGACAAGGUGAGCAACGGGCCCUGCUGCCGACCUACUGCUUUUGAGAAGGACUUUUCCUUCCUGGACAACAGGAGCCGCUAUCACACGAUACAAAAUGUGUCGGCGAAGAACUGUGGGUGUGUAUGACCCAGAGAAAUGGACUUCUUCAUGCUGCUCUCAGCCUCUGUUGGGAGAGUUGAACAUGAAUGCUGUUAAAACUAUGGAAUAUAAACUCAAGGAAAAGAGGAAAGGAUGGGAAAAUGUUUAUGGCUGCUCCACGGCAGCCUUUUUGUGACAGGCAGACUUGACUUCUUUUGGGCGUCUGUCAAUACAAAUUGGAACCGAAUCACAUGGACAGCGAGUGCUGCGUCUGUGUGGACUCCAUGUAAAGAGACACAGAAAAUGACUGUUCAUACCAAAAACGUUUUUAUUAUCUUUUCUAUCUGUCUAGUAACACUGUAACCUGUGGUGCAACAACAAUGUAGCAACGUUAUGUUUGUGAUAUUACAUUUGAGUAGUAGGACAUACGAUAGAUGAGCUAUGAGGGACUAGAUUGUUGUUGUUACGACACUUCAUAUCCAAGGGCGUUCCCUUCACUAAGUCCAAAUUUUAUAUUAUUAUAAUUGUGACAGUAAAUCACUUUUCAGGCAACAAAAAAAUGCUCAAAACUCUGCCGUAAAAAACAUAUAAUGCGUCAGUAUCUGUGCAGACCAUUGAACCAUUGACCUAAAUUGAUGUCUAGUGAUCAAUGGUCUCCAGAAAGUAUAUUGACUUCAGGUCUUUACACACCGGGGGUGUGACGAAUUAACGACACGAAAAUGUGAAAUAGCCUACUGGCCUGAAAAUAUGAAAUAACGAGGGCUUUUAUUGUGAAAGGUAAGAAUGGAAAAGGACAUACACAUUCUCACUCCCAACUUGUCAAAAACAGCCGCUUGGUCAGUGCCCCUCGGCAUCGGAGACCGACGCACAGGGUACCCCUCUUUUACUACUUUUGGACAGAACAGGAACGGCAUGUCAAUAUACACUCGUUACAUGCAUAGCGUCCUUUCAAAAUAAACUUCCGUUUUCACAGGAAGUUAGGAUUAGGCAACACAUAGUUAGGGUUAUGAAACGGUCGUGAUUGACGUUAACUCCACUGACUAGCGACUCACGGGACUCACAGGACUGGCGAUACACGUAACUGGCGACUCACGGGACCGACGAUAUCGACAAGUCACGCUACUAAGUCAACAGUACUUUAAGUUUCACACGAGACACGAACUGAAUGAAAGUCUUGUGUUUGUUUGACCCAUCCACCUCCCCUCCCGUCCGCCCUACACGAAAUUUCACGCUGUUAAUACUACGUCAGUUGCUCCGACCGUUGAA